AUGUCUGAACGGUACAGCCAGGCGGGCCCCUCGCGCUCUGCUCCGGCACCGCAGGAGGGGCAUCGCCCAGCGCCAUCGGCGAGCCGCCCACAGGCUCCCAUCUCUGCAGCGCCAGUCGACGCAGAAGAGCUCGAGCUGUCCGAAAUGCCGCAGCCGCCGCGGCGUGCUCUCCUCCCCGCCGACACCGCCGAACCUCCACGCCGACCCAGCGAGCCCGGCGAGGCGUGGAUGCAGGACGCUCUCCGCUCCCUCCCACCUGCGGCCGAACGCGAUGCCAUGCGGCACCAGAAGCGAUCCUCGAUUGCCUCGCUGGGACCCGGUAGCCGGCCGGCGCAAGAGAGGAGCCACGAUGCCGACCCAAAGCAGCGCCUCGAACGCAUACGAUCCGCGGCCAGCUUCGUCUCCCGAGUCUCGGCAGAUCGCUCCUCGCAGUCGUCCAAAGACAAGGAUCACGGACCCGGCUGGAUCUCUCGUUUCACUCGGGCUGCUGGCCGCUCAGGCGGACUCUCAGCUGCGCGAGGGGACAACGGCCUGUCGUCACCCGUGCUUCCCUCUGCGGGCGACCAUCUGCUUUCCAUCUCCAAGACCAAGGCCGCCCGAAAGCAGGCAAGGCGCGACGCGCGGAGGGCACGUCGGGCUUCCGAAAGGCAAGAGCAGCAGCAGCAACAGCAACGUCGGAACCACGACGAUGGACGCGAUGAUGACGAUGCCAUCAUCACGCUCGAUGGUCUCGACGAGGAUGAGCGGCCAUCCGAGCAGCAGCAGCUCCGCCUCACUUCUAGCCGGUCGCGUCGAGCAGUCAAGAUCGAUGCCCAGGCCGUCGAUCUGCCCAUCGCACCGCCUCUGGACGUGCCAGAGGCCAACGCCCCAACUGCCACUGCGCUGGCAGAGGCUGCCAAGGCUGCGCGGAAGCCGAAGCGUAAGCUGCAAUUCGCACCGGAGCAGAGGCGGGUCCGGAAAGUCGACCUGCCCGAAGGCUACGAAGCAGGCGAACUGUACCGCGGCCUCGACGAGUACGUCGAAGCCGCCAGAGAGCGUCGGCGGAAGCAGCAGAACGCUUCGUCGAGGAGAUCGCGCCGGAGACGCGCAGGUCGCAGCAGUCGGGGCAGCCGCGGCGGGAGCCGCAGCUCAGCUGCGAGCAGCAGGACGUCUGAUUCGAGUUCCAGCUCGUCGUCGUCGAGCUCCGACGACGGCAGCUCGAGCAGCUCCAGCUCCAGCUCGGGGUCGGGCCACGGCCUGACCAUCGCCCGCCUGCGUGCCUUCUUCGGAGACUCGUCGUCGUCGUCCAGCUCAUCCAGCUCAGACAGCGAUAGCGAUUCCGACAGCUCGAGCACCGAUAGCUCCUCGACCUCUGACGGCCCCUCGAGUUCCGCCGAUCGCAGCAACGCUCGCAGGCGGCGACCUAGGUCUCGCACGUUCUCCAUGUCGCGCGGUUCGCGCUCGAAGCGGCAGGGCCGCAGCCGGUCCCGCGGUGCGGAUUCAGAGGACAGUGACUCGGAUGUGGACUCGCAGGGAUCUAGCCGCGGCGGUCCCUUGACGCCGUAUCUGGGACCACUGGCCGACCUGCAGCUCGUCAGGAAGAGCCGGACACGGAAGCAGCGCAAACGCGCACGCAAUGCGGCCAAGCGGGCCAAGAAGCGCGAGGCGCAGCUCAUCAAGGAGGGUCGCUUACCACCAAAGCCGAGCCGGAGCGCCCGAGCAAAGGCGGCUCGGGCCAGGGACAUGGCCGGCGGCGUGACCGAGUACCAGCUCUUCACGCCGAUGGCCUUGCCGAUGGAUGCUCUGUCAGCGCAGCUUGACACGCAAGAGCGGACACCCCGAUCUAGAACGACGACCGCGGGUGUCGUCUACCGGAAGACGAUGCGAACCACGUCGUGGGAGGCGGUCCGCCAUCAGUUCCACGUGUUGCGCCACUACCUCAAGCAGGUCGAUGGCCAGGGCGGCGACCUGGGCAUGCCAGCGUCUGGCGGACGGGCCUCCGAAAAAAGCAACACCGCGACGACGUCGGGCAACGAUCGCGCUGGGGCAGGCCGCGACGAGACGGGCAAGCCAGCUUCCUCGGCGGUAGAGCGCAGCCUGGCGCUAGAGCUUUCGCCCCUGCAGCUCGGAGAGACCGACUUCAUCGGCGGCGACCUGUCGCUGCCACCGCCAGCCAUGGAUCUGCCAGAACCGAGCGAGACGCCAUCGCCGCAGACGGGCCACAUCGAUGGGUCUGAUCAGGAGACGCCGAAGCUCAAGCCUCACAACGUCUCUUCCCUGCUCGCCUCCAACUCCCGAAGGAGCAGCGAUUUCGAGCCGCCCGGGGAUCAAGAGAUGGAGGGACGGACCGGUGUACGGAUGUCAGACCUCCCGCUGAGCCCGCACAUGUCGAACGACUUUGCCAAGGACUUUAACAAGGGCUUUGGCCGCUCGCCGCGGAGCUUCCCGCCCCUUCCGUCCAGGAGGGGCAACGCGCCUUUCGACGACGACGAUGCCGAGGCUUCCGGCGGUCCGGGACGCCGUGCUGGCAAACGCAACGGCGGGACCAGACCUCGCACCGCGAGGCAGCAGAAGUACAAGGGCCUCUUUGCAGCGGCCGAGCACGACGGUCAGGACGGCGGCAGCGGCCCGGACAGGUCUGGCGCGCCGACGCACGAUCAGGGCGCCGAGGGCGCAUGGUGGCUCAACGUCCGCUGCCCGACGUACAAGGACAUGCAGGAGAUCAGCAAGCUCUUUCCUCUGCAUCCGCUGACGGUGGAAGACGUCCUCCAGCAAGACCCACGCGAAAAGGUGGAUGUGUUCGACAAGCUGGGCUACUACUUUGUCGUGAUCCGGGCCAUCGACGAGCGUUACUUCCGCUACACGGGGUCUUCUGGAAAGCAUCCGGACGGUUCGCCCCGUCUAGACGGCGACAGGGGAACCAGCGGCAGUGCCCGGAAGCCCGCGCAGCCUGGAGCGGGCAAGAGGACCUCGAACGAAGGCAGCGAGGCGACUGCGGCGGGAUCGGCGAGCCCCAAGGAGAAGCCGAGCCCGGAAGAAAGGGGCGAGACCGAGCGCUCCGGCCAGCCCAGCUUCGAGAUGACAGGACUCGCCGAAAAACGCCAAGAUACAACGUACCCUGACGAGCAACGCACAGCCGCAGACGGGCUCGCGCAGGGCGCCGGCGGUCGAGCCUGGCAAGGGGAUGGGGGCGGCGUCACCACCGCCAUGACCCGCAAGGCGCACGUCGAGAUCGUCGAGGGCGUCGGUGGCAGAGAGGGUCUCGAAGGUGUCAGCGUCGGCGCCAACAACCUCUACCUGAUCGUCUUCGCGCACGGCGUCAUCUCGUUUUCGUUUGACGACGUAUCCAAGCACACCGACCGGGUCAUGCGGAGGCUGCUCGAGAUCACGCAGCCCGUCGAGCUGACGGCCGACUGGAUCGCCCACGGCCUCUACGACUCGGUGGUCGACGCCUUCUUCCCGCUGCUGUCGUUCGUGCAGGCCGAGAUCGUCGAGAUCGAGGCCAUCACCACCGAGCCGACCGUCGCCAGCUGGGCCCAGAAGAAGGGCACCAGCCUGGCGCCCAAACGCCGGAGGCAGCGCGCGCUCAUGGGCACGAAUCCAGAGGGCCGUCUGAUCAGCGUCGAGCCGGUCCUCGGCAACUCGAGCAGCGCCAGCAUCAGCGGCAGCAGCAGCAGCAACGGCAAGAGCGCUGGCGGCAUCGGGGGCUCGCCGGACAUGGAAAAGGCGAUGCCGCCGACGAUGCCAUCCGAGAGGCCACCCGACAUGCUCGAGACCCGACGGCUCAAGACGUUGGUCGUGCUGCGCUUGUUCCCCUUCAUCCGGCUGCCCGAGGCCCUGCUCGACCACCUGCCCUGGUUCCUCGUCAAGCGUCGUCAGCAGGUCACCAUCGCUCGGCUGCCCACGUGGGAGUUCCAGGAUGCGCUGGAGGAGGAGAUGCGUAAGACGGCUGCCGAGAUCGACGAGGCGGGCGGCACCGUGUUUGACACUCAGGCGGCGGCCGACCAGAGCAGCAUGCUGCACCGCAUCGCCGACACGCGCAAGAUUGUCACGGGCCUGUCGCGGCUGCUGGGCCCCAAAAACGACGCCGUCAAGGGCCUGCGCAAGCGGCUGGCGGACCUGCAGCAGCUGCAGCGGAUGGAGGAGCGCAGCAGCCGUCGAGGCCACCCUCACCCGGGCCGCGAGGUCGGGGCGGGCAGCCGCACGCUCAUGGCCCGUACCGAGGUAUCGAUGUACAUGUCCGACGUGCACGACCACAUCCUCACGAUGCUCAACCAGCUGGGCGCCGGCGAGGGCCGCCUGUCCGAGAUCCACUUUUCCUACCUCUCGCGCAUCGACAACGAGAACCGCAAGUUCCGCCAGGGCACCGACGGCGUCAUCCUGGUGCUGGCCACGGUCACGGUGGCGGUGCUCUGCAUGCAGUUCACCACGUCGCUCUUCUCGAUCAACGUCAAGGUGCCCCACAACCGCCGCGACACGCCCGGCGGCCCGUACUGGUGGUACAUGGGCAUCGUGCUUUUCCUCUGCUGCAUCCCGCCCUCGGUCUACUCGUAUGUCCGCUUCCUCUACCGCCAGAGCAAGCGCAAGCUCGCAAACAAGAAGGCGGCCAGAUAG